AUGGAACUGCCUUUAUCUUUCAGGUUCCAGAAUUGGGACAUCCGAUACAACAUUCUGGAAUCGAACGAGUCCUUCGAAACCUCUCGCCAAGCAAAAUGCGUUGUCUUCGUUCACGGCACACCCUGGUCAUCGAUUGUCUUCAAGCCUAUCAUUGAGGUUCUUCUCGCAAGAGAAUCAUAUAAAAUCCUCGUAUAUGACCUCCCAGGCUAUGGACAAUCUCAAAAAUUCGAUUCGAAUCAUACUAACAACGAUUCCGAGAACAGCUUUCUUGGCGACACAUCCGUGAGGUUCCAAGCCCUUGCUCUAUCAGAGCUUCUCAAGCACGUACAGCUAGACGACAAAUCAUGCAAUCCAGCACCAGCAGUGAUAGCCCACGACAUAGCUGGAACAAUAGUCUUGCGCGCUCAUCUCUUGCAUGACUGCGACUUUGACACCAUGAUGCUCGUCGACGCCAAUUGUGUCUUACCCUGGGGAGAUGGCUUCUACAAGCUGGCUCGCUCGGAAGCAAAGACAUUCUUGCAGCUACCGCCAGGUAUACUCGAAGCAGUCGUUCGAGCCGUGACUAGAAGUGCGGUUCAUGAUCCCAGAGUUUUGCUUGCGGGGUGGGAAGAUUCCCUCGCAAAACCUUGGAUCGAAGGCGAUGGUGAAGGACAGCGGAGCUUUCUGAGACAAAUCGCUCAGGCGAAUGAUGUCGAUGUGGCGGAGAUGCUGGAUGCUGAUUUGUAUGGCCGAAUGAGAUGUGAUGUGAAGGUUGUUUGGGGUGAGCAGGAUCAGUGGAUCCCGCGAGAGAAAGUUGAGGAUUUGAUAGAGAGGUUGGGAGGCAGAUUUAAGGAGAAGGCGUUCAUUCCGAAUGCAGGUCAUUUGGUUAUGUUGGAUCAGCCUGGAAGGUUUGCGAUUGAAGUGUUUGAUUGGCUGACGAGGUUUGGCUCGACGAAGAGUCUUGUUCAAUCUUGA